CGGUUAUCAACGCUGUAAUCAUAACAACUGCUUCGCAAUAUCUACAUCUAGAUCAAUGCAUCUUUUCAUCGCAAUUAUAUAUUUACUGCAUUUAAGCAGUGGUCAUUCAGAAAAAGAAUAUUCAUUAUUAUUGAUUUCAUUUGAUGGCUUUCGAUGGAAUUACUUAACUGAAACUCAUGCUGAGAUUCCUACUUUAAAAAAAUUAAUGGAGUCAGGAGUGUAUGCAAAAGAUGGAUUGAAAAAUGUCUUUCCAACUAAUACCUUACCAAACCACUGGUCAAUGGUAACUGGCUUGUAUCCAGAAAGUCAUGGUGUACUUGAUAAUUACAUCAAAGAUCCCAACAUAAGCAAACCUUUUAUUCCCAAAUUUAUACAGCCUGACUAUCAAAAUGACCCAAGAUAUUAUGAUGCUGGUGGGGAACCAAUUUGGGUUACAAAUCAGUUUCAAAAAUCGCAUGGCAGAAGUGGAAGCAUUAUGUGGUGGGGAAGUGAAAAUCUAGUGAAGUUUAUGAAACCUACUCUGACAAUGUCCUAUGAGGACAAUAUUUUAUUUAAUGAGGCAGUAGAUACCAUUGUUAACUGGUUUACAUCAGAGUUUCCUAUCAACUUGGGCUUGCUGUACUUUCCAGAACCUGAUUCUACUGGACACAAAUAUGGCCCAAAUUCUGUUAAUAUAACCAAGAAAAUUGAAGAGGUGGAUAAUGGGCUCAAAUACCUCUUAGCAAAACUUGCUGAAAAAGAUUUGCUAGAUGACAUUAAUAUCAUUAUCACAAGUGAUCAUGGGAUGUCUGAAAUAACAAAAGAAAAUUUUAUAGACUUGAAUGACAUUGUAGAUCCUGCAAGCUUUGAAUAUUUAGGAAGUGGUAAUGGCCCUUACUCCAGUUUGUCAAUAUUUCCAAAAGAAGGCAAGCUGGAUGAAGUUUACAACCAGUUGAAAAGUCAAAGUGAAUCCAAAAAUUAUCAAGUCUUUAAAGCUGAAGAAAUUCCUGAUCGUUUCAAUUAUAAACAUAACAAAAGGGUUCCACCAAUUUUAGCCUUAGCUAAGCCCAAGUACUCUUUUAUAUUGGGCGAUGUGACACUUACUAUAGGUGGAAAUCAUGGCUAUGAUAAUGAGGUGAAAGACAUGCAUCCUUUUUUUAUUGCCACUGGGCCUUCAUUUAAAAAGGGAUUUAGCAUAGAUAGUUUGAAUACUGUGGACCUGUAUCCUCUUAUGUGCCAUCUCCUUGGGCUUCACCCAGCUCCAAACAAUGGCAGUAUGAAAAAUGUUUCACAGUUACUUCAGGAAGGUCCUGAAAAUACCAUUUGGACAUUUGGCACUUACAUUCUAGUGCUGAUAGUUAUUGGCAGUGUUGGUGGAGUAUUUACUGUAGCUGCUUGCCGCCACCAUCGGUAUUUGAAACGAAGAAGAGGUCCACUGCCAGCUACAAUCAAGUACUCUACUCCAGGAGGAGCUGCCAAAGCUGCUCUUCUGUCCGCUGAUGAUGAUGAUGAAUUUGAUGAUGCCAAUGACAACACUACAGAUGAUAAAAUGUUAGAGUUAGUAACAACUAAAUGGUAGCAACUUUUGUUGAUGUAUAUGUGUGUGUGUGUGUGUUCAUUCCAACUAUUAAGUGAUGCUUGUGUAAUCAUUCCAGUCCCAAUCAGAAUAAUGUCCAUUUCAUUACCAUGUAUAGAAAUAUCAGCAACACAAUAACUAUUUAUAGAUUCUUAGGCUACCUUAAAGUCCCCAGUUAACUUCACUUUUUUUUUUUAUUGUAUUCUUUAACUAGAAAUGUCAUCAUAAACUUCACAUUUGAUAUGUCUUUGACUAGUCAAAGCUCUCAUAAUUAAACAAUCAAUAUAAUCUUUGACUAUUUCUAUUAAUAUCAUGUAUUAAAUGUAAUAUUUCUGUAAUCUUUGGCUAUCCAUUCACAAAGUUCUCAUUUACCUUAAUAACAUAAGUAUAAUCUAAUUUUUAUGUUUAUAUUUUAGUUGAAAUCCUUUUUUUUUUAAUGCUCAUUGACACAUUAAAUUUUAAUGACCUUUAUCUAAUAUUUAAAUAAAUCAAUUCCUGAAGAUAUCAACCAAACUAAAAUCUAACUUAAUAUCAAUCAGCUAAUAUACUAACAUUUUCAAUUAACAUUGUACCCUUCAAGAAAUGUGACACAACUAAAUAAUAAUUAUAACACUUUUUUGAAAUAAAAAAAAAAAUGGCAAUCAUGUAAGAAGUGAAUACACAAUGACUAUCACAUUGACUAGACCAUGACUGCACGUUGACUAGACUGCCUGUGACCUACAAUGUUACUGCACUAUGAUUGCUCUCUUACUGCUGCACCAUGUAUCACUCUAUGAUGAUACUUGAACAGUACUUGACUAAACUUACUGUACUGCUGCACCAUGUAUCACUCUAUGAUGAGACUUGAACAGCACUUGACUGUACUGCUGCACCAUGUAUCACUCUAUGAUGAUACUUGAACAGUACUUGACUAAACUUACUGUACUGCUGCACCAUGUAUCACUCUAUGAUGAGACUUGAACAGCACUUGACUUUACUGCUGCACCAUGUAUCACUCUAUGAUGAUACUUGAACAGUACUUGACUAAACUUACUGUACUGCUGCACCAUGUAUCACUCUAUGAUGAGACUUGAACAGCACUUGACUGUACUGCUGCACCAUGUAUCACUCUAUGAUGAUACUUGAACAGUACUUGACUAAACUUACUGUACUGCUGCACCAUGUAUCACUCUAUGAUGAGACUUGAACAGCACUUGACUGUACUGCUGCACCAUAUAUCACUCUAUGAUGAGACUUGAACAGCACUUGACUGUACUGCUGCACCAUGUAUCACUCUAUGAUGAGACUUGAACAGUACUUGACUAAACUUACUGUACUGCUGCACCAUGUAUCACUCUAUGAUGAGACUUGAACAGCACUUGACUGUACUGCUGCACCAUGUAUCACUCUAUGAUGAGACUUAAACAGCACUUGACUAAACUUACUGUACUGCUGCACCAUGUAUCACUCUAUGAUGAGACUUGAACAGCACUUGACUAAACUUACUGUACUGCUGCACCAUGUAUCACUCUAUGAUGAGACUUGAACAGCACUUGACUGUACUGCUGCACCAUGUAUCACUCUAUGAUGAGACUUAAACAGCACUUGACUAAACUUACUGUACUGCUGCACCAUGUAUCACUCUAUGAUGAUACUUGAACAGUACUUGACUAAACUUACUGUACUGCUGCACCAUGUAUCACUCUAUGAUGAUACUUGAACAGUACUUGACUAAACUUACUGUACUGCUGCACCAUGUAUCACUCUAUGAUGAUACUUGAACAGUACUUGACUAAACUUACUGUACUGCUGCACCAUGUAUCACUCUAUGAUGAUACUUGAACAGUACUUGACUAAACUUACUGUACUGCUGCACCAUGUAUCACUCUAUGAUGAUACUUGAACAGCACUUGACUAAACUUACUGUACUGCUGCACCAUGUAUCACUCUAUGAUGAUACUUGAACAGCACUUGACUAAACUUACUGUACUGCUGCACCAUGUAUCACUCUAUGAUGAGACUUGAACAGCACUUGACUGUACUGCUGCACCAUGUAUCACUCUAUGAUGAGACUUGAACAGUACUUGACUAAACUUACUGUACUGCUACUGUUGUUGGAUACAACUUUUUUGUCUGUUUUCUACUUUAAUUGUAAUCAGCAUUAAUGAUCAUCUUAUUAACAACUCUGCAUUAAAUUUGAUCUUCAAGUAUCCAUUAAAUCAAUGUAACUUUACCGGUACAGUUGACAAAUAUACACUUCUGUUAUAUACAGUUGACAAAUAUACACUUCUUUUCUAUUUGUUUUGUUGUGUUAGCCAUAUCUUUACUUUCCAGCUUACAUAUCUUAAAUCUUAACAAUUCAUUUUCCUUUUUAGAAAAAAAAAAUGUAUAUAAAUAAAAAUAUAUAUAUACUUGCAUUCGAUACCGGCUACACUUGUUGAUUUGUUCCCUGGGUACAUACUGUUUAUGUUUAUCAGUUACCCAUUUAUAAAUUGCAUCCUUCGCUUCUUGUCCCUGGUAAUGGAUAUUUUUAUUUGGCACGUUAUUUCGUAUGUGCUCUUCUUUUUUCUUCUUCGUUCUCAUUUUACAUGCCGGAGGGUUCAGAUCAAUAAUCCUAUAUCUGAGAUGAACCGCGCAGUGGUUUCCAGAUCAAGCAGUUAUCCAUAUAGUUUUUGUUCUGUAGGAGGGUUUUGGGGCCAGAAUCUUGUUUGGGUCUCAUGAUAUAGUAUGCAGCUUUGAAGGACAUGGUCAUCAUUCUCUGGUGAUGCUCCACAAGGGCAGGUUUUGCUUGUCCUGACUUUAAGCUUCCGUAUGUGCUCUGAACUGUGUUCUUGAUGGUCCUGGGCUCGAACCUAGCUGGUCAUCAUGCUGUAGUCUUUUGGAGGUUUGCGGUAGGCUGUAUUAAUCUUAAUUCUGAAAGAACAUCUGAAACAUGUAAAGCAAUUUUAGGCCAUGUUGUGCCAAUAAACCCUUCAAGGACCAUCUAUUCCUCUACCCAUCCAAACCCAAAAGGGAUGCUUGAUACUAAGGUAAUAAUAAAAACUAAAUAUAAUCUCUCAUUAUUUGACAGAUUUUCAAGUCAAUUUUGAAAUAUUCUAUGGGCUCUAUGUUGCUUUUUUGACCAUAACAGGUUUUGAAAAAGAGAUGAGUUAUUCCUGGUGUUGAUCUAUGUUAAGAAAUAAGUGAGUGAAAUUUCACAUUUGUUUUUUAAAUUAAAAUACCCCCCCCCCCCCGAACAGCAUUUAAUAAUGUAAACAGUUGAGAUCUAGUUUUUAUAGGUCCUCACAUUUACAGUGAGAAUUUUGUUGGAUAUUUUUAUUUUAGAUACAUGCUGAUCUAAUAUUAUAUUAUAAAUUACAGAUGUUCCUUCUUAACAGAAGAUAAUCAUAAUAAAAUAGGCCUAGUAACUUCAGAUGCUUAAGACUUCGUACAGAUAUUCAGCAAUCUUGAAAAAAAAUAUCUCAAUUUGGUUUUAUUAAUUGCUUUGGUUUAUUUUGACUGUGCCUAGAUCUAUUUAAAGUAAUGGUUGCCUGAUAGUGCGGUUUUUGCGCCGGACUGUCUUUCGAAUUUAUUGAUGGUCGAGGGUUCAAAUCCUGCCUGCUUCCAUCCCCCGUAGUCCUGCGGGAGGUUUGGACUAGGAAGUAAACUAUCUUCAACUCUGAAGGAACAUCCGAAACAUGUAAAACAAACAAACAAUGUAAAGUUCCCCUUACAGACCUUGUGCUCUAAAGGGCAGAUGAUGUAAAAGUCAUCUGUUUCUGUGGCCCAUGGUUAACUGGGGUGUCAUGUGGCCAGCACAACAACCAACUGCCUAUACUUUUACCCAACUAAUGUCAUGUACCCAUUACAGCUGGGUAGACUCAGAGGUGCCCAAAGAUUCCAAAUUAAAAAUCCCAUUCUUCACCAGGAUUUGAAACUGGGACCCCUGGUUCAGGGGCCAAGGACUGUACCGCUAAGCCACCGGGACUCUAGAUCUAUAUGGUAAAAAAGAAAGAGAGAAAAAGAGACUAUGUGUAGAAUAAAUAAUUAGGCCUAUACAGGAAGUAGAACUUUUUUGCUAUUUUUUGCAUCUUAAAAUAGUCAUACAAAUAAUCGUAUAAAUAUUCAGCAAUCUUGAAAAAAAAAACAAUCUCAAUUUGGUUUUAUUAAUUGCUUUUGUUUAUUUCAAUUCUUGUGUGGAUCUACUUGGUAAAACAAAAGGCACAUAUGUAGAAUAAAAAAUUAGUCCUAAUAAUUGGAGCGAAGAGGAAGUAGAAUUGUUUUAGAAGGGAGUAUUAUGCUAUGUUGGCUUUAGGAAAAACCUAUUGGGCCAAAAAAUGAGAAUAAAAAAUAGUUUUUCAUAAAUUUUUAUCUGCUGCGGUUUUGAAUGUGAAAAUAGUUUAGUUGUUCUAGACCCAAGGUAAAUAAAUGUUAGUUUAAAUUUUCAUGUUUAUAUAUAAUAUGUAUAUUCAAGAUAGAUAAAUAUAUGCUUAUUAUGAAUAUUUCAUAUGUUUUUUAAGAUAGAUAAAUAUAUGCUUAUUUUGAAUAUUUCAUAUAUUUUUUUACAUUAAACAACUGACUGCACAUUCAGUCCUAUAAUUUUUUUUAUAGUUCUCACUUUGAUAUAUUUUCUUUUUAUAUUUCACACUAUUAUCUUCAAGUGAACCUGACAGUAAGUUAAUGUCAUGAUAUUCUAAAAGCUGCCUAUCCAACGACUCUGUGACUAACUUUGUUUCUUGCUCUAUGCAAGUGAUAUUAAUUCAAACACUCGCCUUUCUAUGAGAGAGGUGCUACUCCUUGUCAUUUUAAAGUUGUAAAUGUGGCAUUUUGUUGACUUACAUUUCCACAUUUUUAUAGUUUUUAUAGUUUAUGUUCAUGAAUGCUGGCCCACAAUCUUGUUGAUGACCUUAACAUGGAGAUAACCAGAGUUGACUUAGUUUUGCCCUUAUAUUUCUGAGUAUAUAAUUAUUGGAAUUGCAAAAAAUUGUGUAUACAUAUAAACAAUUAACCUUCUGUGUUAACAUAUAUGCUGGUAUUUUGUUGUUUAUAAUUAUUUUUUUAUAAGGACAUAUUGAAAACCAGAGUUGUUGUAAAUGAUGAUAGAGGAUCAUUGCUUAGAAUGAAAUGAAUUGGUGUCAUGUGAACAUAUUUACUAGUUGGUUGGUUGUUUUCACAUAAAAACCACUUUUAUAUCAUAUCAGUCAUUUUGUUUUGUUAUUGCUAAAGAACUGUGCAUAUUCUGAAAAUUUUAAUCAACCACCAGCAGCUGACUUCAACUGCAUCAGAUAGGCUAAUUAUGUAGAUCUUAGCUGAUUUGUUGAAGUGAUCUUUCUGGAUGUUUGAACCUGAAGCCAAUGCCUUUGUGGGUGCUUAUGAUUUAAUAGUUUACCAAAGGUAUGGAUUUUGUUUUGAGCUUGAUAGACCAAUCAGUGAUUGUAAAUAGUUGAUUACAUGUGGGCUUUGAUCUUCUUUGAUUUAUUUGUAGUACAAAUGUAUUUUUUUAGUUGUUGGUAGUUGUAAUUUUGUAAAGUUAUUUAGCUGAGUCUUUUUUGACUUUGUAUAUUGGUUUAAAAAAAAAAUUGAACAAUUUUGUUUAAACUUUGAAAUUUUCAUUGCAAGAGAAGUGCGUUGGAAAGAAUGACUUCAUUGUUUAUGACAUGAACACUUUGUUCUGAUAGGAAUGUACACAACAGUGCUUAUUGCAGAUUGUUUCCAUUGACAACCUUUGUGAUCAGAUUCUUUUCAUUUCAUUUUAAUAUGUAUGUCAUCUGAACGUAUUUACUUAGAAUGUUUUCUUGUACCUUCUAUCAAUGAUUUGUCUUACACAUUGCAUUCAUAACUAAUUCACCAAUUCAUAAUAUAUUUGUGUGUCAACUUGGUAGUGCAAAGAAACAUCUUUAAUACACAAUGUAUGACUCGCAUGGAAUUUAAAGACAUUUUUGACUUAUAAAAGUUAACAUUUUCAAAGCAGACUGUACAUUUUAUGUCAAAAAUUUCUUUUUCUAACGAAUUUUUUUUGUUUUACUUUAGACAUAACUAACUAGACCAAUCUUUAGUUUAUAGAAUAUAAUAACUGGCAGUAGAACUGUGUAUGCAAAACAACCUUUGGAUUAUGAUAUUUAUUUUUAUGAACAAUGACAAUUAAUUUGGUAAAAUUUGAUCUGUUUUUAUGUGGGUGCAUUUAUUGGAAUUCCCAUAAGAAAUUCCCAUAAGAAAAAUAUUUGAAUAAUUUAAAUGAAAUGCAUGUUGAAAGUUGCUUUGUAUAGAAAAUAAAAUUCUUUGAUUUUUUCUUUUAGUGGCGCCUGUAAGGUGAAAAGCCCCAAUUAAUUUGGUGUAUUUUAUUCCUCUAUCACUUUGGAAAUUUCAAAAUUCAAUUCAAUUCAAAUGCACCAAAUUUUGUGAUCGAGACAGCUGGAGGUCACUUACUAAGGCCGCAGGAUACACAUUUGAGACCAAAAGAAAAUCUGCUGCAGAGGACAGACGUAGACAGCGAAAAAAUCUAAAUCGACCACUGGCGGACAAUGGUUAUGCCUGCGCUGGAUGUGGCUAAAUAUGUAGGUCCCAACUGGGGCUGCGAAGCCACGGGAAAAACUGCAUUUCUCAUUAAUCUGCGGACUUGAAGACAAGCCUUUUCAUCAAAGUAAAAGACAUCUUCAAAGCUCUCCGCAAUUAAAGUGUAAACAAUUUAUAAAUCACGCAUAAUACAAUAACCUUUUUUUUCUUCCAUAAUAAAUCAAUUUACAAGUGUUUAUAA